GCCAUAAAGCCAACGAGCUCCCUCACUCAGCUUCCCAUAGACACCAUGGCGCCAAAGCUUGGGCUGCUGGCGCUCGUCCUCCUCCUGGCGUCGACCAUGGCUGCCGCGCAGAACUGCGGGUGCGCGGCGACCGAGUGCUGCAGCCGCUUCGGCUUCUGCGGCACCACCAGCGAGUACUGCGGCACGGGCUGCCGUUCCGGCCCCUGCACCGUGCCGGUCACCAACAACGUGUCCGUCGCCAGCAUCGUCACGCCGGCCUUCUUCGGCGCGCUCGUCGCCCAGGCCGCCGCCGACUGCGAGGCCAAGGGCUUCUACACCCGCGACGCCUUCCUCACCGCGAUCGGCGGCUACUCCUCGUUCGGCCGCACCGGCUCCGACGACGACUCCAAGCGCGAGAUCGCCGCCUUCUUCGCCCAUGUCAACCACGAGACCAUAAAGUUCUGCUACAUCAACGAGAUCAACGGGCCGAGCAAGGACUACUGCGACCCGACGAACACGGAGUUCCCCUGCGCCGCCGGGAAGGGCUACUACGGCCGCGGCCCGCUGCAGAUCUCCUGGAACUACAACUACGGGCCGGCGGGGCAGAGCAUCGGCUUCGACGGGGUCAACGACCCGGACGCGGUGGCGCGCAGCCCCGUUGUGGCCUUCCAGGCGGCGCUCUGGUUCUGGAUGAACAGCGUGCACGACAUCAUCGUCUCCGGCCAGGGUUUCGGGGCAACCAUCAGGGCCAUCAACGGCGGGCUCGAGUGCAACGGCAAGAACCCGAGCGCUGUCAACAACCGCGUCGGCUUCUACGAGCAGUUCUGCCAGCAGUUCGGCGUCGACCCCGGGACCGGCCUCACCUGCUAGAGAGGGAUAGGCUGGUUAUUAUUCAGGACAUCGUGUAGUUGUUUGGAUUGUGACAUAUGUGUGUGCAUCUGAUUCGGACAGAUAUUGUAUUGUUUUCAAAUAUAUAUACAUUUGCUUUCGCAUUUUGAU